AAGAAACAAACCCUACAAGGAAGUUACAGGCGGGGAAUACGGAAACUACACUACAGCUGGAGGGAGACCGAUAGCAUUUUGAACGGCAGCCAUGUCCAGCAGAAGAGUGGUGGUGUUCCCCUCAUCCGUAGAGCUCGGCCCUGUGUUGGCCCAGCUGGUGUGUGAUCGAGCACAGAAGGCCCUGAGCGCUGGAAGGAGUCAGUUCUCCGUGGGUCUGUCCGGGGGAAGUUUAGUGUCCAUGCUCAGCAAAGAGCUGCCAACCCUGCCUGGUCUGGACUGCAGCAAAUGGGUGGUGGGCUUUUGCGAUGAGAGAGUGGUUCCUUUUGAUGACCCAGAAAGCACCUAUGGACUGUACAAAAACCAGCUUUUCUCCAAAAUCAACAUUCCAGACGAGGGUAUUUUAGCAAUAGAUCCUUCUUUACCUGUGGAGCAGUGUGCAGAAGAUUAUGCUCACAAAUUGAAUCAGGUCUUCCCAAAUGAGGAUGUUCCGGUCUUUGAUAUGUUGCUGCUGGGAAUGGGACCUGAUGGACACACCUGCUCCCUGUUCCCUGGCCAUGCCUUAUUACAGGAAACCCAGAAAAUAAUCGCCCCCAUCAGUGACUCCCCUAAGCCACCCCCCUGCCGUGUCACCAUGACCCUCCCAGUGGUCAAUGCUGCUCGCUGUGUGGUGUUUGUGUCCACGGGAGGAAGCAAAGCACCAGUGCUGAAGGAAGUUCUGGAGGGUGGUGAGGGUCCAGCUCUACCAGCAGCACGAGUUGCCCCCACUCAGGGAGAGCUGCUCUGGCUCGUGGAUGAGCCUGCAUCAGCCUCCCUAACCCUGGAGGUGGAGAAACCAGGGCCUGGCGCCAAGCUGUAACAAUAAACAGAGCACCAGUGAGGCACUUACAUACAACACUAACUGUACCACACUGUAAAGUUGCCUGUGAGAAAAGUGAUGUUAGUGAGAAUAGUGUCAAAAUGUACACUGGUAAUUGGUUGGUAUAUGAUGGUGUAAUAGAACAAUGAAAAUAUGCAAUACGUGUAUUUGUGGGAGACUAAUGUAAGGCUUUAUGACUUGAAGGAAGUAGUUUUAAAUUGCAGGGUCUAUGGGACCAAAAGUACGUUUUCCGGACAGAAAACUUAGUUUGUUUAUUCAGAGUGACUGAUGAUCUAUAUCUGGCUCCAAGAGUGGUUGUCUGCACAUCAUGUGAGUUUACAUAAACUAAACAAGUUACUGAA